AGGAAUUGAUUAUGGAUUAAGUUUACCACUUGGAGAAGACUAUGAACGGAAGAAACAUAAAUUAAAAGAAGAAUUGAGGCAAGACUAUAGACGCUAUCUUACUCAGCCAAAGAGUCAAAUAAAUAAAAACCCUAUUAGUCAAGGUAAAUCUGACCUACCUCCACAAAUACAGACUUCAUACACACAUUCCAAGGCACCAACAUAUGAAGAGCUUCUCAAACAAAGACGGCGAGAGGAGGGCAGAUACCAACAACUAGAUGAUGAAAUUGAAUUGGUGAAUAGAAGACUUCUUAGACAGACAAAUGAAGAAGUUGGCGUUUCUGGUACAAAACGAAGCUUUGCCACUGAGACUGGUGCUCGGGAGCGAAGAGGUGGAAGGGUUAAUGAGGAGCCUGUGCUUGACAGACAGCACUGUAGAUCUGACUGGGAUCCUGCCACAAAUGAAGAGAUGGAUGAGAGGUUUAGGUUUGAAAGUGACUUUGAUAGAAAACUUCUGAGAGUAUAUCCACGUGACAGGACACUUGGAAACAGACAAGUGUGUGUGCCUCCUGUGGAGAAUGAGUCUGCUGUCACAGAGCAGUCAAACAACCAGAUUUCAUCUGCUGGAAAUACAAGUGUUCAAGAUAACCAACCACCCAGAUCUGCUGAUUGUGGUGCUUGUAGUCCCUUUGCGGGGAUGCUUUUUGGAGGCGAAGAUCGAGAACUUAUUCGGCAAAGGAAAGAGCAGUAUAGGCAAGAGCUCCUGGAACAGAUGGCUGAGCAGCAGAGGAAAAAGAAACGAGAAAAAGAUUUACGUCUUUCAAAUAUGUGUCCUGAUGUACAAGACCCUGAAAAAUCGCCUGAUAGAGUAAAGCAGUUUAGUUUGACACCAAGACCCUUUGAAGAGAUGAUACCACCUGAGAGACCCAGAGUAGCUUUCCAGACACCUCUCCCUCCUCUCUCUGCCCCGUCAGUCCCACCCAUCCCGUCAGUUCAUUGCGCCCCUUCUCACAAUGAAGACUUGUACAAUGGACUCAACUGCACCCUUGGUGAAGUGGUGCAUCCCAGGGUAGUGCCUCUGCCUCCACCUCCUCUGCUGCCCCCUCUGGCGCCCCAUCUGGCGCCCCCUCUGGCGCCCCAUCUGGCGCCCCAUCUGGCGCCCCAUCUGGCGCCCCAUCUGGCAGCUAACUAUCGAACGCCUUAUGAUGACGCUUACUAUUUCUAUGGUGCCAGAAACACACUGGAUCCCAGUAUUGCUUAUUAUGGUUCAGGAGUGAUUGGAGGACAGCCUGCCCCUCAUAUCUCUGCCCCUCUCACUCACCAUGUAGCACAGCCUGUUGCGGAUACUGUUGGACAGAAUGACCAGAAACUUUUAAGUGAUCGACUGAUGAAUUCAGGACUGAUCUUUGAAGAUAAACCAAAACCUUCCAAACAGUCACUUCAAUCUUACCAAGAAGCUUUGCAAGAGCAGAUUCGGGAAAGAGAAGCAAGAAGGAAGAAAGAACGUUUAGAAAAAGAAGAAUAUGAAGCUAAACUGGAAGCAGAAAUGAGAAUUUACAACCCCUGGGGGAAGGGCGGAGGUGGUGCUCCUCUCAGAGAUGCCAAAGGAAAUCUGAUAACUGAUUUGAAUAGGAUGCACAGACAGAAUAUAGAUGCCUACCAUAACCCAGAUGCAAGAACAUGUGAAGAUAAAAGGGCUGUUGUAUCUAUAGACCAAAAUUUAGCCACUUCAAAUGCUGAGAACCUAGAAGAUUCUGCAAAUAAAAACUCAGGUCCUGUGCAAACACAGAGCUCUCCUUUUGCCCGUGGAAACACAUUCAGUGAGCCACCCACUGAACUUCAGAUCAAACAGCAAGAAUUAUACAAGGAUUUUCUUCGUUUUCAGAUUGAGGAGAAGAAACAAAGAGAAGAGGCAGAGCGUGAGAGACUGAGAGUUGCAGAAGAGAAGGAAGAAAAGCGGCUUGCGGAGCAGAGGGCAAGGAUUCAGCAAGAAUAUGAGGAGGAGCAGGAGAGGAGAAGGGAAAAGGAGGAGGAGCAAAGACUAAAAAAUGAAGAACUCAUUCGGUUAGCUGAAGAGAGACGAAAAGAAGCAGAAAGAAAGAAGAAAGAAGAGGAAGAAAAGCAUAACUUGCAACUUCAGCACUAUUAUGAGAGAGAAAAUACGGUUGGAGAUGAAACAAAGUAUUUAAGACAGCCUUCUCCUGUAGUCCCUGCUCUUCAGAACAAAAUUACAAGCAAACUCCAAAGACCUCCUUCAGUCGACACCAUCAUAAGUUCCUUCAUUCGUGAAAGCUCUAUGUCCGGGGCACAGUCUCCCCCUGUACCUGCAAGGAAGAAUCAACUCCGUGCAGAAGAGGAGAAAAAAAAUGUAAUUAUGGAGCUAUCAGAAAUGAGGAAGCAGCUGCGCAGUGAAGAGAGGCGUUUGCAGGGACAGCUGCUGCACUUGGACAGUGAUGAGGAGAUCCCACUCAGGAAGAGAGAAAGGAAUCCCAUGGACAUAUUUGACAUGGCUAGACAUCGGGUACAAGCUCCUGUCAGAAGACCGUCACCAAAGGGCUUGGAUGCUACUGCUUUUCAGAAUAUUCAUGACUUCAAUGAGCUCAAAGAGAGAGAUUCAGAAACACGAGUGGAUCUGAAGUUAUUGUACCCAGAUCCUCCACGUGAUCGUCACACCUUAGAGAUUCAGCAGCAGGCCCUGCUACGAGAGCAGCAGAAGAGGCUCAAUAGAAUGAAAAUGCAGGAAAGUGCGGGAGGCGCUUAUGGCGAGACAUACCCUGCCAUUGAUGAGGAUGCCUUCCCUCCACCGUCACAGCUUCCCUCUGCACGGGAGCGCAGGAGGAACAAAUUGAAAGGAAUCGAUUUUGAUAAUAGUCGGCUCCCCAUGCCACCAGGUGGUCUCUCUUUAAAAUCUGUCUCCAGUGUAAAUGUCGAUCAGCUUAGAACGAGAAAUGAAGACAGACUGAGGAGACUGAAUGGGCAUCAGAAGAAACCCACUAACACAGAUGACGAGAGUUCUUUGGUUGAUCCUGAUGACAUCAUGAAACAAUUGGGUGAGGAUGGAUCCAACUCUGUAGCAACUGAGCCCUGGCUCCACCCCAGCACCUCUGAAACUCUGAAACAGUUCAUGGCAGAGCAGCUUAAUGAGGAACAGCAGGUCCCUGGAAAGCCAGGCACUUUCACUUGGCAGAGCUUGUCUGCUGCACAUGCUUAAUUUAAAAUAAACCCUCCCUGGACCAGCAGUGCCUUUUACAGUGGAAGGAAUGUUCAAUCGGUAUCUUGAAUGUCUUGCUUAUGGCCCUACCUAAAUAUUAUUUAUGUUCUAUCUAUAUAUAAAGCAUAUUUUUCCUAUUAUGAUACAUGUUAUAUGUAUAUAUAAUGUACAUAAAAAUCCCUGAUUGAUUUAUAACAUAAUUGUAUAGAAUUAGCUUUGCAAUUUUGCUGUGGGUGGUGAUGAACUCUAGAUUCAGCUGCCACAUGUGCAUUAAAUUCUGCUUGCCAUUAAGAGAUGGUAAAUGAAAGUGUUAACAGUACUGUGAAACACAAUACAUUUUUACUAGCACCCUUGCUACUGUUAGCUUUGUGUUGAAACAAUUCAUAGUGAAUACACCUGCUGUGGCUGUGAUUAUUUCAGUGGCUAUGUACACGAGCAACUCAAACAAGCUACUCAUUUUCAUGACCUUUGUAACUACAGAUUCUAUAGGAGUCAAGGGAGUUGUGACCAUUUUACCUCCAUGAGCCAUGACUAAAUGUUACAUCUUUCUGCCUCCAUUUUAUUUUUGUGUUGAUGAAAGCACAGACUCACUCAGUUACUAAUUUAUCUGAUUUCACUAUUUCUUGAUACAAAUAAAGUUUUAUUUUUAUUAACUACCAA